AUGUCGAGCCAUAGAGAGAGUUCAGAUCUCCCGCUUUCUUCUCAAUCCCAUUUCGCCAAAUUCGAAGAUUUCACGCCCAACGAUGACGCGUCGUUCGACCAGGAAUUUGCUCGCCUCGCAUCAUCCCAGAACUGGAUCCCCGGAUCCCAGCAGUACACCCAAGAGCGCACGAUUGCGAUUCGCGAGGAAUUGAAGUUCCAUUACUUUCCGCAGGCAGUGGACAAGACGAAUAAAAAUAUCAAUAAAAAGGAUAAACUCGAUGGAUAUCAAAGCCUAUGUCGUGAGGUUGGCAUACCCCCACACAGCUCUAUCACGAAAUGCAAGAAGGAAUUGAAGAACACGCUUGUCAAUAUUGUGGAUUUUAUCGACUCUCGACGUGUGGGCAAGGGGGUCAAGGUAUGGCAGGAUUUCAACGCAUUCUGCGAAUAUACGCGUGAGGACGAGCAUAGGAUUGAUGUACAUGAGGCGAAAAAAGACGGAGGCUACCUAGCAUCUCUGCUGCAGCGUCUCCCUAGCCUAGGGCGGCGGGGAGCAAAAGCUGGGAAGAGUAGAUCUGGCCCCAGAGUUGUCAUUUCAGGGCGGGUGGCAAGGAAGCGCCAGCAUUGA